AUGGCGACAGGACUCCCCUUCGUUCUCGUGCAUUUUGUUCUUCUCAUCUCUCUUGCAUAUGCCCAUUCUCACUCGAACAUCCAUUCUCAUGAUGCUCCCGGUGCCUCCUCCGAGGAGGCACCACUCUCCUUCUCCGUUGGCCCCAACUACCCCUAUCCCCUCGAGGACCUCGACAAAGAUCUGCCCUUCUCUCAACCCGUCACCUUCGCACAUUUACCAUGGCAGCGGUGCUUUUCCCCCCUUCAUGCAUCGGCCCUGGACAUUGCCAUUGUAGGUUUCCCCUACGACACAUCGACAUCCUACCGACCUGGCGCGCGCUUUGGGCCUAGGGGCAUCCGGGCCGCGAGCUCCAGAGAAAAGAAAGGAAGGAGCUACAACACUGUAUGGGGCAUUGACCCGUUGACGGAAGGAGGGUUGACCAUCGUGGACUGCGGAGACAUCCCCCUCACGCCGUUUGACGCCAAGCAUGCAUUUCGACAGAUGGAGCAGGGUUACCGUCAGAUCUUGUUCCACAACACCUCCACGGCAUCAGCAACGUCGUCGUUAGGAGGGAGAACAUGGAACCAUCCCCGCGUCCUCUCUCUGGGAGGCGACCACUCGAUCGUUCUCCCGAUCCUGCGCUCGCUCAAGGAAAUCUACGGCCCGAUUUCCGUCAUCCACCUCGACUCCCACCUCGACACCUGGGACCCCUAUGCUGGCUACACCGGGAUCGUGUCGGAACAGAGCGCAAUCACGCACGGGACGUUCUUCUGGCACGCCGCGAGGGAGGGCUGCAUCGCCAAGGGCAGCAGCGUGCACGGCGGGCUGAGGACCAAACUAUUCUCGCCCAAGGACUACGUCACGGACAAGGAAGUGGUGGGCUUUGAGAUCAUCGAGGCGCACGAGAUCGACGACGACCCCAGGGGCAUGCAGGGGAUAGUGGACAGGGUGCGCGGCAUCGUCGGGACAGACGGGCCGGUCUAUCUCAGUAUCGACAUCGACGUCUUGGACCCCAGCAUCGCCCCCGCGACGGGCACGCCCGAGUCCGGAGGCUGGACGACCCGCGAGGUCAAGAGAUUCAUCAAGGGCCUCGAGGGCGUGAGGCUGGUCGGCGCGGACGUCGUCGAGGUGAGUCCGCCAUAUGACACGGCGGCAGAAGUCACCAGUGUGGCCGCCAGUGAUCUGCUGGUCGACAUAUUGGCCUUGAUGGUCAAGGAUGCUGUAGGGAAAUUGGAGACGGGCAACGCCGCACAGGGGGUAAAGGAUGAGUUGUAG